UGCUCUUGUCGAUUGCAAUGAUAGACUCCCUCUUCACUUCUCUUCAGUCAACUGUGUGGUGUAGAGCCGAUCGAGCUGUGGAAGCGGAGCCAUGGAAUCGGCGGCGAGCGCCUUCCUGAGGAGCGUGAUGGGGAAGCUGUUCCAGGUGCUGGAGGAGUACAACAAGCAGAAGGGCCUCCGGCAGGACACCCUCUCCAUCCAGCAGGACGUCCGCAUGAUCGCCGCCGCCAUGGACGACCGCCUCCACGCCCUGCGCAGGGGCGAGCAACGCACCGCCGUUGCCAGGAUCUACAGCGAGGAGAUGCUUGGCCUGGUGCACGACGCCCAGGACUGCAUCGACCGCAUCGUCCACCGCCUCACCUGCAGGCCCCGCGUUGGCGGCGGCGGAGGCGGAGGAGGAGCGGCGCUGAUCCGCCGGGUCGCCGCCGUCGCCCACGAGCUGAGGAAGGUCCAGAGUCGCUCGGGCUUCGCCGACGAGAUCCGCCAGCUCAAGGCCCGCCUCAAGCUGGCGCACGAGCGCGUCCUCGGCAUCCCCAUCCCCCCCGCCGCCGCCAGCUGCUGCCACGAGUUCGCGGCGGCGGCGCCGUCGUGUCGUUUCGCGCGCAACCCGGUGGGCAUCGGGAGGCCCGUGGAGGAUCUCCUGUCGAUGCUGGAUGAGGUGGAGGGCGAGAAGGAGCAGCUGAGGGUGAUCUCCGUGGUGGGGUUCGGCGGCUUGGGGAAGACCACCCUCGCGAGGGCUGUGUACGAGGACCCUCACGCCGUGGAGAAAUUCCAUUGCCGUGCUUGGGUUGCCGCCGGUCGGUGGUCGCCAGAGGUCACCGGCCACGGGGUCGGUGAGAUCCUACGCGAUGUACUCCAGCAAGUUCGCCCCAAAGACGCCAUGGACGUUGUUGCUGAUAAUGGCCAACGUAUUGAAGCCUUGCUCAAGGAAUACCUCAAGGAUAAGAGGUAUUUAAUUGUCAUAGAUGACAUGGGGAUGGAGCAAUGGAGCACUAUAAAUUCCAUCUUCGAAAACAAUGGCAAAAGCAGCAGAAUCCUACUGACCACAACUAUUCAGUCAACAGCUAAUAUCUGCAGCCAUGGCAAUGGUUAUGUGUACCAAAUGAACACACUUGGUGAAGAGGACUCCAAGAAAAUAGCUCUUCAGGAGGUACGGUCACCUGAGCUGGAGCAGGGGUCCAUGCCGCUGCUGCAGAAAUGCGGUGGUCUUCCACUUGCUCUCGUCAGUGUCUCCGAUUUCCUGAAAUGCUCAGGUGAGCCUACGGGGGAGCGAUGCACAGAGCUAUGCCGUAACCUGGGUUCUCAUCUGAGAGAGAAGCAUGGCCAUGACAAUUUCGCAGAACUAAGAAAGGUGCUGAUGCAUAACUAUGACAGUUUGUCAGUGUAUGCUAUGACCUGCUUGCUAUAUCUUGGUGUAUUCCCUAACAAUCGUCCCCUCAAGAGGAAAGUUGUUAUCAGGAGGUGGUUAGCGGAAGGAUAUGCACGGAGUGAUUCUCUUCGCAGUGAGGAGGACAUUGCGGAUGAGACUUUCAAGGCGCUUGUCGACCGGAAUAUCAUACAGUCCAUUGGCACAAGGAAUAAUGCGCAAGUGAAGACGUGCAUGACUCAUGGCAUCAUGCACGAGUUCGUGCUGCACAAGUCCGUGUCACAGGGGUUCAUCGCGACAUCGUCUCGUGAUCAUCCAAGACCCCAUGCCUAUGUUAAUAAUGCCUGCCACCUUUCCAUCCAUGGUGGCAAUGUGACAGAUAGUGAGGCCUCUGACGAGGAUUUAUCUCGUGUUCGGUCUCUAACAGUCUUUGGAAAAGCAGGUGAUGCUAUUUCUUAUGUUCGUAAAUGCAAACUGCUACGAGUCUUGGAUCUGGAAGAAUGCAGUGAUCUGGAAGAUAGUCACCUCAAACACAUAGGCAAGCUAUGGCAUCUAAAAUAUCUAAGUGUUGGGGGCAGUAUUGCGAAGCUUCCGAGCAGCAUCGAUGGACUGCACUGCUUAGAGACCCUGGAUUUAAGGAGAACCAAGAUAAAGACAGUGCCCAUUGAGGCCAUUAUGCUGUACCACUUAGCUCAUCUGUUCGGAAAGUUUACAGUUGACAAAGAAGAUCUAAACAAUGCAAACAAGAUGAGCAAAGCAACGAAGUUCUUGUCCGGAAACAAGAGCAACCUGAAGACUUUAGCUGGAUUUGUCACAAACGAAAGGCAAGGGUUUCUUCAACUUAUGGUUCACAUGAGAAAUCUGAGAAAGGUCAAGAUAUGGUGUGGGCCAGUUGCAAAUGGAAGUAACUACACCAAUGAUCUUUCCAAGGCCAUUCAGGAGUUCACCAAGGUCCCCAUGGACAAUGUGGGUGCCCGUUCUCUAUCACUUGAUUCAGAAGAAUGUUCCGAAGACUUGCUGAGUUCGCUUGCUUUUGAGCCAUGCUCGGAGGAUUCCAAAUAUGAUGUAAGGUCACUGAAGCUACGUGGCAAGCUACUCCAGUUACCCCCGUUUGUUCCCUUGCUGUCAGGUCUCACUGAACUGUGUAUUUCAUCAGCUACUCUGACACGGGAUCUUCUAUCGUCUCUGAUCAAUUUGAGAAACUUGCUUUACCUCAAGUUGAUUGCGAAUGAGCUUGAGAGAUUUGAAAUGAAAUCAGGGGCAUUCCCAAGCCUGCGUCGUCUGUGCUUUGUAGUGCAAAGUCUCACUUCAGCUCUGCCAGCAAUCGAACAAGGAGCUCUGCCGAACCUUGUUUCACUCCAGCUGCUCUGCCCGAGUCUAGUUGGUCUUUCCGGCAUCCAAAUCAGACACCUCAGACAUCUCAAGGAAGUCAUGGUUGACUCUGGAGUGCCUGACCAAACACGACAAGACUGGGAGCAAGCAACAAAGAACCAUCCGAAUAGGCCGAGACUCAUGUUGCACAAAAGUGGUGUUCGAGUGGAAAGCGAGGGUCCGGGGAAUGAAGAAGUUUCAGCUGUGAGGGACAAGCGGAAAAUAUGUGUAGUCCAACCAAGUUUGGAUGAUGGACUGGAUUCUAGUCUCAAGAAGAUGAGACUUUCAUCAGAGUCUUCUUCGCGGCUUCAAGUGAUUGUCCAAUCAACUUCCUCAUCUGGUCACUGAGGCAGACGGCAAUGAUGAUUCAGCGAAGCAAGCUGCUGCGGUGAUGAUUCAGCUUGGAUACCCAAACCAGAGACAUGAUAAAUGACGAGCUGCUGUUGUAUUGUACGGUGUGUAGUUUUACUUCUGGCGACAAGUUUUGUCUCCUUAUUUUCUUGUCUAUAUGCUCAUGGUUUUCUAUUGUUACAAAGUUAACCAUGUUGCAAAUUGCAAGAUAAUCUUUGUUUCCAUGCCCAA